CAAAAUUAGGAAUUAAACCCGAAUUCAGCAAACCAUCCUUCUUCCUUCCGCGCUUUCUCUCUUCACUGAAGCCUCCUCAGUCUUCAACAAAUUUAGGGUUCCAAAUUGUACUUUAAACUUGUUCAAUUAAUUUCAUCAAUGGCGUCUCAUAAUCACAUGGACGAUGACCUCGAUUUUGGUGGAGAUUUUGCCGCCACUAGGCGUUCAGGUACCAAACGAAGCUUUGGAGACCUUGACGAUGAUGAAGACGAUAUUUUUGGCUCUAAAAAGGGUAAUUUGUUGAAAGUAGAGGAAACAGCACCUGGUGCAGCAACAGGGAUGAUCUUGUCUCUUCGCGAGAGUCUACAGGACUGUAAGGAUACCCUAGCAUCAUCUCAGACAGAACUUGAAUCUGCAAAAUCUGAAAUACAAAAGUGGCGCUCUGCGUUUGAAAAGGAGCUGUUCAUACCUCCUGGCAUGACACCUGAACCCAAGUUUGUGGUCAGUUAUCUUCAGAACCUCAGAUCAUCUGAGGAGUCAUUGCGUGAACAGUUGGAAAGAGCAAAGAAAAAGGAGGCUGCAUUUAUUGUAACUUUUGCCAAAAGAGAGCAGGAGAUCGCAGAGUUGAAGUCUGCAGUUCGGGACCUUAGAGCUCAACUCAAGCCGCCAUCUAUGCAGGCACGGAAGCUAUUACUAGAUCCAGCUAUUCAUGAAGAGUUCACUAGGCUGAAGAAUUUGGUUGAGGAGAAGGAUAAGAAAGUGAAGGAGUUGCAUGAUAACAUUGCUGCUGUCAAUUUUACCCCACAAAGCAAAAUGGGCAAGAUGCUAAUGGCUAAAUGUAGGACACUGCAGGAGGAAAAUGAAGAGAUUGGAAACCAGGCUAAUGAAGGAAAGAUACAUGAAUUAACAAUGAAACUGGCUUUGCAGAGGUCUCAGAAUGCUGAACUCAAAAGUCAAUUUGAAGGCCUGUGCAAACAGAUAGAGGGACUGACGAAUGAUGUAGAAAGAUCAAACGAAAUGGUACUAAUCUUGCAAGAUAAAGUUGAAGAGAAGGAUGAAGUGAUCAGUAAGCUGAAUGAAGAGUUGAAUGAGAAAAACACUGUUGUGGAGAAAACCGAAUUAACUCCUGAUAAAACUGCCAAUGAUGAGGAAAUGACAACUACAGCAGCACAGGCAGAGAACGAGUAGCGCAAGCUUCUGGAGUUGGUCAGCACAUUCGAGGCCUUACCUUCAUACAUGAAGCUACUCUUUUAUCCUUGAAUGGUACAACGGUAAAGCAAGCAGAAGAUAAGCCUGCAGAUCUGGAACCAAGAGCUAUCAGUUUGUAAAGCAACAAGCACUGCCAUAUCUUUCUGACUGACGAGCUGUAGACAGUGUUACCGAUGUACUUAUAACUGCAAUCCGUGUUAGAUUCUGUGUUUUUGUUUCCCAUUUUCUUGGGUAUUACAUGGUGUAUUUAGUUUCCUAUGUCUGCAGCACCAAUAUAAUCUAUAGCCUCUUUUGAUUCGUACAACAUUUUCUCAACUAUGCACUUGCAAUUUAGCCGUUGUAUCGUGCGGAACUGUAAUUUAUCUUGUAGAGUGUAGCUAGUCUAUAUGCAGGUAGCACCUUUUAUCAUUC